AUGGACCACGAAUCGAGCGCAGCGGAGCUUCAUGCUACCGCGGUUGAGCCUCGCCUCCAUGACAAGAAGGACCACAAGGACAUGGCCGGUGGCAUCGAGCCAGUCGGCCACGAGCAGGGUCUCUCCAGCGGGGACGCUGCAAGCUUUGUGACGGCGGACGGAGACGAGCCCUCCGACGAGGAGAAGCAGAACCUGCGCAAGGUCGCCGACAAGCUGCCGUGGGCCGCCUUCCUCGUCUGCAUCAUCGAGCUUUGCGAACGGUUUACGUAUUACGGCCUCUCCGGCCCUUUUCAGAACUACAUCGAGAAUAGCCGCAACGACGCCCUUCCUGGUGCCAUUGGCCUGGGCCAAAGCGGAGCUACAGGCUUGACGAAUUUCUUCCAGUUCUGGUGCUACGUGACUCCAGUGCUUGGCGCCGUGGUCAGUGACCAGUACCUAGGAAAAUACUGGACCAUCUUCUACUCAGCCGUUAUCUACAUCGUCGGAAACCUGAUCCUGUUCCUGACCUCCCUGCCCGUCGCCAUCGAGAAUGGCGCUGCUCUGGGAGGCCUCAUCGCGGCGAUGAUCGUCAUCGGUCUGGGCACCGGAGGCAUCAAGUCCAACGUUUCGCCAUUGAUCGCGGAGCAGUACGACAACACGGUGCCGUUCGUGAAGACGCUCAAGUCCGGUGAGAGGGUCAUCGUGGAUCCCGCAACUACCAUCAAGAGGAUCUACAUGAUUUUCUACAUGAUGAUCAACAUCGGCAGUCUCUCCAGCAUCGCUACUACCGAACUCGAGGCUAACGUUGAUUUCUGGGCCGCGUACCUCCUUCCGUUCUUGAUGUUCCUCAUCGGGAUGGCGGUUUUGGUUGCCGGAAAGUCGAAAUACAAGCUGCGGCCUCCCCAGGGGAGUGUUAUCCCCAAGGCAUUCAAAAUCAUCUGGAUUGCCUUCACCCACAAGGGCAACUACGACGCCGCCAAGCCCGAAUACCACGAGGAGCUCUGCACCGGCCGCAAGUACGAGAUUACCUGGGAUAGCAUCUUUGUCGAGGAAGUCAAGAGGGCCCUGGUCGCCUGCAAGGUCUUCGUUUUCUACCCGAUCUACUGGGUGGUCUACAGCCAGAUGCUCAACAACUUCAUCUCGCAAGCCGGCCAGAUGAGCCUCCACGGAAUCCCCAACGAUCUCAUGCAGAAUUGGGAUCCAAUUACCAUUAUUAUUUUCAUCCCUAUCUGCGACUACUUCCUCUACCCCGGACUGAACAAGCUGGGCUUCAAGAUGCUGCCGAUCACGCGCAUCUUCUGGGGCUUCAUGCUCGCCAGCGGCGCCAUGGCAUACGCGGCCGGCGUCCAGAAGAUGAUCUACAACUCCGGGCCCUGCUACGAGCAGGUCGCCGCCUGCCCCGCCGCCCUGCAGUCGGACGGCACCUACGCGCCCAACGACAUCCACGUCGCCAUCCAGGCCCCCGCCUACCUGCUCAUCGGCCUCUCCGAGAUCUUCGCCAGCAUCACCGGCCUCGAGUACGCCUUCACCAAGGCCCCCGCGAGCAUGAAGUCGUUCAUCAUGUCGCUGUUCCUGCUGACCAACGCGUUCGGCUCGGCCCUCUCGAUCGCCCUCUCGCCCACGGCCGUCGACCCCAAGCUGCUCUGGAUGUACACCGGGCUGUGCGUCUCGUGCUUCCUUGCUGGUAUCAUCUUCUGGCUGCUGUACAGCAGGUACAACGACACGGAGCAAUCGAUGAACGACCUCGAGAAGUUCACCGAGAAGCCCAAGGCGAUUGGGGAGGAGGAGUCGGCGGACCGUGACCUUGAGAAGGUCACGACGACGUCUACCACCGCUAGAGCGAAGAGCUGA